AGUGAAUAGCAGUCACCCAUGUACUAAACCUUCAAAUAUUUUACUUUAGAGCAUCAAAUUUUCAUAAAGUUCAUCAAGUAUAGAAUUCACCAAGACUUUGAUGACUGACUUUUUCAUAAGUAUUAGUUAUACUUUUCCGUUGAAAGUGAAAUGACCUCGUUGUAAUGCAUCAAGAAAAGCCUUACCGAGACCUCAAAACAGUCCAUCAGUCCGGAGCAUAAAGGUUUGACAGAAUGUCUCGCGCCCGUCUCAGCUCCCGCAAUAUUCGCAACAAUGGCGCCAUCAAUAAAGGUGUGGGCCACAAGAUCAAGAAGCCCAACGCCAAGAAAUCCAGCAAGAAGUUUACCAACAUCCGGCCGUUUGGGGAGUUUCCACCAUCGCCAAAGGUGAAGCCGUCGGACCGCCUACCCAGUGCGACCACGUCGCCGGCCGACUCUGAGAGUACCACCGCCGCCACCACCGACUCGGCCAAACGGUUCUUCCGCAGCCGCGACCUCAACAGGAAGGCCACCGUCGUCAUGUCCAAGGAGCUCAAAUACCAGGUGACCAGCGGCGGUCUGGUCCGCACGCCGGCCCCCACCCGCCGCGGGCCCUACAAGAACGUCCGCGUUCCUCCGGCGCGGUCAGCCACUGCCACCUCCACCUCCACCUCCUCUGGCGGCGGCUCCCGGCUGACAGAGCAGCAGCGCGAGCUCCUGGCGGCCAUCGAGAGCUUGGACGCCCCGGAGCCGGCCUCGCCGCGUCCCGGCACGCCGGCCACGCCGGGCACGCCGUGCACGCCGGCCAGCUCUCUGCGUCUGGAGCUGGAGUCGGAGGAGGAGGAGGUGUCCCCGGUGCGCCGCAGCCCGCGCAAACACCAGCCCCCGGCGGCAGCGGGUACCCCGCGGCAGCAGAAGAGGACGGUGGUCGCCGCCGGCACCCCCACCACCAGUGGUCAGGGGACGCCGAGCGGCGCCGGCACCCCGCUGCGCCGCAGUCCCCGCAAACUGAGCCGUCCGCUGCCGGCACUGGCGGCCGCCGGCACGCCAACACACGCCGAGAACGAGGGCCCCACCCGACUGACACUGACGCCGCGCCGCAGUCCCAGGAAACACCAGCAGUCGACACAGGCGGCGUCGGCGGCGUCCCCAAGUGGGCAGCGCACGCCGCAGGCCGUCUACGACCGACUCGAGGAGGCUCUGCUGAAAAUGGAGGCCGGAGAGGACAAGGAAAACGAGUCGCCGCAGCGCAGGAAGAAGGACGAACAGCCCAAGUUCUACUCCAUCUUCUACCGGCGAGCGGACGGCAGCAGCGGCUCGCGCAGCGCGCCCGCGCCCGCCCCUGCCCCCGCCAGCGCAGCCGCCAAGAGCGGCCGUCUGCCGGCGCGCUCUGCCGAUGACGGUCUGGAGCAGCUGGUGAUCGACGCCGGUCAGCGUCAGUUCGGCGUGACCACGUGCAGUGCGUGCUCACUGGUCUACACCAUCGGCGACCCGGAGGACGAGGCGACACACGCGCGCCACCACACGGGCUACGUCAGCGCGCUCAACUACUCGGGCUGGAAGAAGGAGCGCGAGGUGGGCAACUACGGUGAAGGCCGGAUCAUCAUGGUGACUCCCAAGGACCCGCCGCACGCCUGGAGGAAGGUGGACAGCGUGCUCAGCAUCGUGGACGGCGAGCUCGGCUUCGUCGGCAUCGGAGUCCGAAACCGGGAGGAGUCCAAGGUUUUCUUCUACGUGGUGGGGCGGCAGAUCGUGGGCUGCCUGGUGGCGGAGCCGGUGAACCGCGGUUUCCCCGUCCUGCCCAGAGAUGGCAGCACGGGCGUGCGCUGCGCCACAGAGCCGAAGCCGUGCCUGGCCGGCGUCUCGCGCGUCUGGGUGCACCGCGACUACCGGCGCCGGCAACUCGGAUCACGACUGGUUGAGGCCAUGAAGAGCCACUUCUCGGUGGCGCCGCUGCGCUGGCAGGACGUGGCCUUCUCCGACCCGACCCCUGACGGCCUGCAGUUCGCCUCGGGCGUCACCGGCUCGCCCGAGUUCCUCGUUUACAACCAGUGAGCGCCGGCCGGCCGGCCGGGCGGGGACGGGAGGGGACCGCGGACGGACCGCAGGGACCACGGACCGUAGGGACCGCGGACCGUCAGAUGGAGGGACCGCGGACCGCCUGAUGUAGGGGACCACGAUUUGUCAGGGCUGUGCUAUUCGUUCCUGAGUCGAGGUAAAGGAAUAGCACACGAGCUGUUUUUAUUUGUCGUUUUUUUUUUCCUUCAAUUUAGAUGUUUUCGAUUUUUUCCAUUUUAACCGUUUCUUAGAGAUAUUCUGUUGUCCAGGGAUACUGUAUUUUGGCGGAGAUUUGGGCAUCGUUUGUCUGAAUGUGUUUUUAUGGAGUUGUGUGUGUUCUGGCGAGUGGCAAACCCUUUUGAAAAGCUGGAUGGGUGCUAGUUCAUAUUUGAAGUUAAAGCAUAUGCAUCUUUGGACGGAAUCCACACUAAGUGCGCCGGGAAGGCUUAACGAAUGUAUGAAGUGCUGACACGGAGCCUUACUAGCAUUACCUUCUGUGCUGAGUUUGGACAAUAAGUGAGCUCAGUGGGCUAUCGCUGGCCGAUCAGAGUGGUCCGCUAACCCAGCUGUUUUUUGAGCGGGCUCUCGAUUUCGAGGGAUCCUAAUACAGGGGGAGCGCAUGUGUCUAUAGCGGCGUGGUGAGUGCCUUUAGAGUUUGUAUAGCACAUAUAUCCCGGCGCGUCGCGGCGGGAGGGGUUAAGCCUGCCGGUGGUGUAGCCUGCCAACGAAUUCGGAGCGGCCCCGGCCCCACACCGGGCCCAUUACCGCGGCUUUGUGACAUAGACCUGCGAGCGUUUGGAUGGUCACGUUCUUUGAUGAAUAAAAGCGAAAGGAAUUUC